AUGCCGUGGAGUUUGGGUUCAGGUGGGACCAUGACGUUCGCCAGGCUCCUCCUCCCCCUGUUAUUGUUCUACUCUGUCUGUGAAGGCUUCAACCAGCCUCCGAUCUUCUUGAACAAUUUCUUCACCACGUACCUCCUGAUCUAUGAAGACUUGGGCGUGGGGCAGUCCGUGACAAAGCUGGAGGCUGUAGAUCCCGAAAGUGACCCUCUUACCUACGGGAUCAUGGGCGAAGAAGCUAUGAAGUUCUUCACCGUUGAGACUGAUGGAAGAGUGUGGCUACGACAGCCACUUGAUCGAGAGACCAAGUCGGAAAUGCAGGUUGAGUUCACUGUCACAGACUCACACGAGCUGGUCACAGGAACCGUAAACAUCCAAAUUGGAGACGUCAACGAUAACGCUCCAACUUUCCAUGGACAGCCGUACACUGUCCAGAUCCCCGAGGACACGGUGAGGGGAACGGCCGUGUUCACUGUAAAUGCCACAGAUCCGGACCAGGGCACUGGAGGCAGCGUGCUCUUCUCCUUCCAGCCGCCUUCCGAUGUUUUUGCCAUCGAUGGAGCUCGAGGGACAGUUACAGUCAUCAAACCUCUGGACUAUGAGAGAACUGCCUCCUACCAGCUGACUAUCAACGCUACGGACCAAGACAAAAAGAAGCCGCUCUCUCGCCUGGCUAACUUGGCCAUCUCCAUCACUGACGUUCAGGACAUGGACCCAAUCUUCACCAACCUGCCCUACAGCACCAACAUCCGCGAGAACGUACCACAGGGUUACGUGGUACGGAAGAUAACAGCCAUUGACCAGGAUCUUGGUCGUCCGAGACCCAUCGCCUACAGGAUCAUCUCAGGGAACACCAACCAUGUUUUUGCCCUGGACUUCCUCAGUGGGGACCUGACAGUGAAUGGACAGCUGGACAGAGAAAACCCACUGUAUUCAGCCGGAUUCACUCUCACUGUGGAGGCUACAGAGCGGAAGGACGACCGUACUCUGUCAGAUGCAUCAGUGCGGACUAAUUUCACUGUUCUACUCAUUGAUGAAAAUGACAACGCCCCAAUGUUCAACAGCUCCGAGUAUAAGGUUACCAUCACAGAGCUGGCACAGGUUGGAUUCGCUCUGCCCCUCUUCAUCCAGGCAGAAGACAAAGAUGAGGGGGUGAACAGCAUGUUCCAGGUGUUUCUGACAGGGAACAAUUCGGAGUACUUCACCAUCUCGCCCACAGCAGUGCAGGGCCGUGCCGACAUUCGUAUGAGGGUGGCCAAACCGCUCGACUAUGAGACUAUCCGCAGCUUCAGCUUCUCUCUCUUUGCCAAUGAGUCGUUGUCGGACCACGUGGGUUUUGCUCGAGUCUUCAUCGAUUUGAUCAAUGAGAAUGAUAAUAGGCCCAUCUUCAGCAGCCCUCUGUACAACAUCAGCCUCCCUGAAAACACACCUGUGGGCACCUCGCUGGUCCGGAUACUGGCUACAGAUGGCGACGACGGGAUAUUUGGGGUUGUGCGCUACUAUUUCAGCGAUGAUCCAGAUCAAUUCUCCCUGGACCCUGAGUCUGGCUGGGUGACUUUACAGGCCGCUCUGGACUAUGAGCUGAUGAGGCGUUUCACUUUGACUGUUUUGGCUCGAGACGGAGGAGGAGAGGUGACCACGGGGCGCAUCCGAAUCAACGUCCUGGACAUAAACGACAACACACCACUGUUUCAGAAGGAGAUGUACGUGGGAUCACUCAGGGAGAAUGAAGAGGCCAUCAUACCAGUGGCUCGAGUCAGGGCCACCGAUGAUGACUCUCCACCAAACAACUUCUUGACGUACACCAUGACUUCAAUCUCAGCUUUUCCCAGUUACUUCAGCAUCAUCAUGGUGGAGGGCUUUGCAGUGAUCAGUGUGAUGAAGCCUCUGGACUAUGAGCGGAUUCCAGGUGGAGUCAUUCACAUCACAGUCAUGGCCAAAGAUGGAGGAAACCCGCCCCUCAACAGCUCCGUCUUGGUCGUCGUGGAAGUAAUUGAUGAAAACGACAACCCACCUACCUUCAGCGAACCAUCCUACAUUGUGAGAAUCCCUGAAAACAUUAACGCUGGGGCGACGGUGCUGCUGGUGAAUGCGACUGAUUUGGACGCCUCGAGGGAGUUUGGCCAGGCCUCACUCAUCUACUCCCUGGAGGGCUCCACUCAGUUUCGUCUCAACUCUCGCUCAGGUGAGAUUACGACGACUGCCCUCCUGGACCGUGAGUUAAAGGCGGAGUAUAUUCUGAUCGUGCGGGCGGUGGAUGGAGGAGUUGGACCUCAGCAGAAAACAGGCAUCGCCACGGUAAAUAUUACAGUGUUGGACAUAAAUGACAACGCACCCAAGUGGCCAGAUGAGCCGUACUACGCCAACGUGGUGGAAAAGAGUCCAAUAAACACUGACGUUAUAUCGGUGCUCGCGUAUGACCCUGACAAUGGCGAUAACGGGACAGUGGUGUACAGCAUCAGUCCUGAAAACCCAUUCUACACCAUCAACAGGAACAAUGGGAAGAUCAGGACCAGUGGAGUCACCCUGGAUCGUGAGAGCACCAACCCCCGAGACGCUGCCCUCAUGAGGACAAUUAUCAUAUCUGCAGUCGACCGUGGCACCCCUCCACUGCAGGCCACUUCAAGCACCACAGUUUUUGUCAAUCUGCAGGAUCUGAAUGACAACGAUCCCACGUUUCUCAACCUGCCUUUUGUGGCUGAAGUACCAGAGGGUCUGCCCAUUGGAUCCUCUGUUUAUAAGGUCCAAGUGGAGGACCCUGACGAGGACAGGAAUGGUCUGAUCACCAUGGCGCUGCAGAUGGGAAUGCCACGGCUGGACUUUUUCUUAAACACAAGCACAGGAGUCCUGAGCUCCACUGCUGUACUGGACCGGGAGCAGAUUGGACAGUACCAGCUUAGGAUCAUCGCUUAUGAUGCCGGAAAGUUCCCCCGCACCUCCACAUCUACUCUCACUGUGUCAGUCCUGGAUGUGAACGAUGAGACGCCCACCUUCAACCCGCGCCUGUACAAUGUUUCCCUGAAGGAGAGCGUCCCCCGGGACCACGUUGUCGCCCGCCUCCUCUGCACCGACAACGACACCGGGCUCAACGCCGAACUCAGCUACUUCAUCACAGGUGGUAACCAGGACGGUAAAUUCAGCGUUGGCUUCAGAGAUGGUAUAGUCCGGACUGUGGUUGGCCUGGACAGAGAGACCCAGGCUUCAUACACUCUGAUUAUUGAAGCUAUUGACAACGGUCCCGCUGGCAGCAGGAGGACGGGGACAGCCACAGUGUUUGUGGAGGUGCAGGACGUCAAUGACAACAGACCCAUCUUCCUCCAAAACAGCUACGAGACCAGUGUGCUCGAGACCGUGCCCGAAGGAACCAGCAUCCUACAGGUGCAGGCUACAGAUGCAGACCAAGGAGAGAAUGGCAGAGUCUUGUACAGGAUCCUCAAUGGGAACAGUAACGGGUGGUUCAGCAUAAAUAACCAGACUGGACUGAUCACACGUGGUCGCAGAGCUUUGGACCGAGAGACCAGCAGCUCUCAUGUGCUAGAGGUGGAAGCGUUUAACAGUGACGAGGGGAGCAUGAGGAGCUCCGUCAGGGUGAUAGUUUAUGUGGAUGAUGCCAACGAUGAGGUGCCAGUGUUUACGCAGCAGCAGUACAACCGCCUGAGCCUCAGAGAGACCGCGGGCAUCGGCACCUCCGUCAUUGUGGUUCGAGCCACUGACCCUGACACUGGCGACGGAGGAGCUGUCGCCUAUGACAUCGUAUCUGGAGCUGAUAGAAAGUUCCAGGUGGACUCUAGUACUGGACUGGUCACUACAGUGGAGUAUCUGGACUACGAGACCAAAACCACUUAUUUAAUGAACAUCUCUGCAACCGAUCAGGCCCCUCCAUUUCACAAAGGCUACUGCACUGUUUAUGUCACACUGCUGAAUGAGGCGGAUGAGGCUGUGGCCUUCUUUUCAGCAGGUUAUGAGGCCUCAUUGAGAGAAAACAUCGCCACGGGAACAGAGGUGGUCCAAGUACAAGCCCAGUCUGCGGACAAUCUGAACCAGUUGACCUACCGCUUUGACCCAGACACCUCCCCUGUGGCUCUGGCCCUUUUCAGGAUAGACAGCGUAACCGGUCGAAUCACAGUGACAGGCUUACUGGACAGAGAGAAGGGAGACACAUACACUUUGACUGUUGUAGCUGAUGACGGAGGUCCCAAAAAAGACUCAACUGUGAAGGUUUCUAUUACAAUCCUGGAUGAAAAUGACAACAGCCCAGAGUUUGACAUCACGUCGGACACGUCUGUGGACAUCUUUGAAGACACACCUAUGGGCAAGAAAGUGGCUGUGGUUUUGGCCAGAGACAAAGACGCUGGUUUGAAUGGACUGGUGAACUUCACUCUGGUGGCUGGGAACAUGCAGGAUGUGUUUAAAAUAAAGACGGUGAACCACACGUACGGAGAGGUCUUUGUCAAUGCCUUUUUGGACAGAGAGUCAGUGGACCGCUACCUACUCAAGGUGAGGGCCACAGACAAUGGUGCCCCUCCCAGGUACACGGACCACUCUCUCACCAUCAACAUCCUGGACGUGAACGACAACGCUCCAGUGAUCCAGAGCCAGAGGGGCUACAACGUCAGCAUCAGCGAGAAUGUUGGAGGUGGUACGUCUGUCCUCCGUGUCAUUGCCACUGAUCGGGACAUCGGGCCAAACGCCAUGUUGUUUUAUUACAUCACCUCUGGAAACCAGGACCUGACGUUCCGCAUGGACCGUGUUACCGGAGAGAUGGUGACUCGUCCCGCCCCUCCAGAUCGGGAACGCCAAGAAGAGUACCUCCUCACUGUCACCGUAGAGGAUGACGGGAACCCACCACUAUCAACUUCAACCACAAUCUACGUGCGCAUUAUUGAUGAGAACGAUAACGCCCCUGAGUUUCCAGAGGAGGAGUAUGAGACCGUCCUGAGUGAGGGGCCUGAAACCGUGGGGGCCACCAUCGCCACGGUAACGGCCAUCGAUCCAGACGAGGGCCUGAAUGGAACACUGAGAUACGCCAUCACUCAAGGCAACCUCAUCCAGACCUUCAACAUCAACAGCAUCUCGGGGAGGAUAACAGCAGUGAAGCCUCUGGACUAUGAGAUCAGUAACGGACACUACACUCUGGUCGUCACGGCAACCGACCAGUGUCCCAUACCCCGUCUGCGGCUCACUUCCAGCACCACGGUUUUGGUAAAUGUGUUGGACAUAAACGACGUGACACCCACUUUCCCCAGACCGUACGAGGGGCCAUUCGAGGUGACAGAGGGGCAGCCCGGACCUCGAGUCUGGACUGUCAAAGCCACGGACGAAGACUCUGGACUCAACGGCAAAAUUGAGUACAGCAUCACAGCAGGAGAUUAUCAAAAUGAGUUCAUGGUGUCUCCGGUGGAGGGAGAGCUCAGAGUGAGGAAGGAUGUGGAGCUGGACCGAGAGACCACUGGAUUCUACAACAUCACAGUGACAGCCCGUGACCUGGGAACACCCUCAAGAAACAGCUCUGUGGUUGUUGGUGUCUUGGUCCUUGAUAUCAAUGACAAUGACCCAGUGAUCCUGAACCUGCCCUUUAACACCAGCGUGAGUGAGGGGGCUCCUGUUCACUACUCAGUGGCCAGAGUCCGAGCCACAGACGCAGACAGUGGACGAAAUGCACUCCUCACGUACAACAUCACCGCAGGCAACGUGGACGGGGCUUUCUACAUCAAUGACACUACUGGUGUGGUGCAUGUGAACAGACCACUGGACAGAGAGAGAGUGGCUGAGUACAGAUUGACUAUCACUGUCAAAGAUAACCCCGAAAACCCUCGCAUCGCUCGCAGGGAUUCAGACACGAUGGUGAUCACUAUCCUGGAUGAGAAUGACAACAGGCCUUUAUUCAGCCGCACGAGCUACAGAGCUGAAAUCACUGAGAACUCUGCACCAGGCAGCACAGUGACAGUGUUGAAUGGACCUGUCCUGGCAGAGGACAAAGACAUCAACCAAAACGCUGUGGUCAAAUACAAUCUGACAGGAGCCAGAGUCGACCUGUUCACUGUCAACCCAGACACGGGUGUGAUUCUUGUCCGUGCGGGAGCAAACCUGGACCGUGAGGCGUUUCUGGAGCCCAGGGUUGAGUUGUUCAUUGUGGCAGAGGACAUUGGAGGUUUAAACAGCAGUGUCCCUCUGUCUGUGACCAUCCUGGACCAAAAUGACAAUCCUCCAGUGUUCAACCCCUCCAGCUUCAGCGUGAGACUCCCAGAGAACAGCCCCACAGGUGUGGUGGUCACUCAGCUCUCAGCCACAGACGCUGACUCGGGUGCUAACGGCUGGCUCUCCUAUCGCCUGGAGAGUGGAGCCCAGGAUCGCUUUGUGGUGGACUCUAUCUCUGGGGCGGUCCUAGUCGGAAACUCCACUCUGGACCGAGAAGAGCGAGGGUCUUACCGCCUCGUUGUCAUGGCAACGGACCGCGGCACACCCCCACUGACCGGGACAGCCACCCUCACUGUUAUCCUGGAUGAUGUAAAUGAUUCGAGGCCGCGUUUUAUCGAGCCGGUCACUAUUAUAAAUGUGAACGAAUCUACUCCACCUGGUGUAGUAGUCGCCACAUUAACAGCAGAGGACCCAGAUCUCCACCCCAGACUAGAGUAUUACAUCAUCUCCGUCGAAGCAAAGGAUGAUGGGAACAACCCGGUGGGCGGCCUGCAGGACUCUUUUGGCAUUGAUUUGCACACUGGUGCAGUCUUUGUGCGAAACCCACUCAACAGGGAGCUAGUGGCUACAUUUGAAAUAAUUGUGUCUGUCCAUGAUAACGCCAGUGAAGUUAUAGACAAGUCCGGUAGUGUCCCAAAUGCGAGGCUGACCAUCAAUGUUUUGGAUGUGAAUGACAAUGCUCCCCGUUUUCGGCCUUUUGGCGUAACUAACUUCACAGAGAAGAUAUUGGAGGGAGCUCAGCCCGGGACGACCCUCCUCUCUGUGUCUGCUGUAGAUCCAGACAAAGGCCCCAAUGGACAGGUGAUCUACCAGCUCCUGCACCUGCCCCGAGGGGAUUAUGUCCGACUGGAGGACCCUUCCACAGGUAAAAUUGUGGCCAACCAGACAGUGGACUAUGAGCAGAUCCAUUGGCUGAAUUUCACCAUCAGAGCCCAGGACCACGGCACCCCUCCCCGAAUCGCAGAGCUCCCGGUUUAUCUGCGCAUCGUAGACGUCAACGACAACAAUCCCAUCUUUCUACAGCCUGCUUAUCAUGAGCCAGUUUUUGAAAAUGUGAACCUAGGAGCCACUGUAGUUCGGGUCCAGGCAACAGAUGCAGAUUCAGGCCUGUUUGCUGUGCUUGAAUACAGUCUGGUGGAUGGAGAGGGCAAGUUUGGGAUCAGGCCAACCACUGGCGAGAUCUACAUCCUCUCUCCACUGGACAGAGAGACCAAGGACCAUUACACUCUGACCGCUGUCGCCCGGGAUAACCCUGGAGGCAGCCCCAACAACCGUAGGGAGAACUCUGUGCAGGUCCUGAUCACAGUCCUGGACAUAAACGACUACCAGCCACGUUUUUCUGAGCGCAUCUACAAUACCAGUGUGUUUGAGAACGAGCCCAGCUGGACCUCCAUUAUCACCAUCAAAGCCACUGACCUGGACGAGGGCGAGAACGGAGCUAUACUCUACACCAUGCUGGGAGCCAACACAGUCUGUACCUUUCUGUUAGAUGCCUUUGCCUUGGACCCAAACACUGGGCUGAUCCGAUCGCGUCGCAUGCUUCUGUCCUCUGAACACUUUAACCUGACUGUAGUGGCCACAGACCAGGGCAGGCCUCCGCUGUGGGGCACUGCCACACUCAUCAUCACUGUCAUAGACGUAAAUGACAACAGACCUGUGUUUGUGCGGCCGGCCAAUGGCACCAUCAUUCACAUCUCUGAGGAGCAGCCUCCAGGCCUGCCCGUGUAUGAGGUCCAUGCCACAGAUGCAGAUGAGGGGGUGAACGGAGAAGUGCGCUACGCCUUUCUUCAGACCGGAGCCGGGAACAGGGACUGGGAAAACUUCCACAUUGAUGCCAUGACAGGAGUGAUCACUACCACUGUCAAACUGGACCGCGAGAAGCAGGCCCUGCUCAGCCUUAUCAUUGUGGCCCGAGACAUGGGUCAGCCAGUGCCUUACGAAACCACACAGCCUCUGCAGGUGGCGCUGUUGGAUAUUGAUGACAAUGAACCUGUCUUCCUCAAACCACCAGGUGGUGGUCCGCCUUACCAAACCCUGAAAGUGCCUGAACACUCCCCUCCUGGGACCAUCGUGGGGCAAGUGACUAGUGCCGUGGACGCAGACGAGGGCUCCAAUGCUAUUGUGUACUACUUUAUUGCAGGAAAAAACACGGAUGGAAACUUCGCCUUGAGUCUGGAUGGAGAGCUGAGGCUGACAAAGGAUUUGGACAGAGAGGAAACUCCAGUUUUCUCCAUCAUCAUCAAAGCCUCUAGUAACAAGAGCUGGACCCCUCCCAGAGGAUCCAGGGCGUCCCGACCCCGAAACAUGGACCCCGCCCGGGACCCCAGUCUGCUGGAGGUCCGCAUUGUUCUGGAGGAUAUCAACGACCAGACGCCUCGCUUCACGAAGGCUGAGUACACGGCAGGGGUGGCUACAAAUGCUAAAGUGGGCUCUGAGCUGAUCAAAGUGGUGGCCAUAGACAAUGACAUUGGAAACAACAGUAUAGUGCAUUACCACAUCGUUACAACUCAGUACUUCCAGACCCAGAACAAUGGCAGUGAGGUAGUGGGUAAUGUUUUCACUAUUGGCUUAACAGACGGCAUUAUCCGCACAUACGACCUGUUUGGGGCUUAUAAACCUGGGUAUUUUCAAAUGGAGGUUUUGGCCUGUGACAUCGAUGGACGCUGUACCACCUCCAAUGUGAACAUCUACAUCCUACGGGACGACCAGAGACUCAAAAUAGUCUUCAACGAAAUCCCAGAUAUCGUACGGGAAAACCAGGAAGAAUUUCUCAACCUUUUGUCCAACAUCACAGGAGCUAUUGUGAACUUAGAUGACAUUCAGUUUCAUGUGGAUAAGAAGAACCGAGUGAACUAUGGCCAAACAGACAUGCUGAUCCAUGUUGUGAAUAAUGAGACUAACACUAUCCUGGAUGUAGAAAGAGUGAUCCAGAUGAUCGAUGAAAACAAGGAGCAGCUGAGGAACCUGUUCAGAAAGUACAGUGUGGUGGACGUUCAGCCUGCGGUCUCCGACAAACUGCCCGAUGACUUGUCAACACUACAGCUUGUCAUCAUUAUCUUGGCCGUUCUGCUGUGCUUAGCGGGAAUCCUGUUUAUCACAAUGAACUGGCAUUACCGCAGAGUGCAUGAGAGAAAGCUGAAGGCAGUUGUCGCUGGAUCAUCAGGAAACCCAGGUCUAAUGGACAUUUUGGACAUGCCCAAUACAAAUAAAUACUCCUUUGAAGGGGCUAACCCGGUUUGGAUGGACCCAUUCUGUCGUAACAUGGAGCUGGCGGUUCAGGCCGAUCAUGAGGACGACCUCCCCGAAAACCUGAGUGACAUCGCAGACCUGUGGAACAGCCCGGCACGCACCCAUGGUACAUUUGGUAGAGAGCCUCAAGCCAAACCUGAAGAUGAUCGGUAUCUGAGAGCAGCCAUCCAGGAGUACGACAACAUCGCCAAACUGGGGCACCUGAUGCGGGACGGGCCCAUCAAGGGCUCUCUACUGAAGGUGGUCCUGGAUGACUACCUGAGGUUAAAAAAGCUCUUUGCCGCUCGACUGGUCACGAGCUACACAGGACAGGAGGAGAGCUCAUCUGUCACUGAGCUGAUCCAGAGCGACCUGGACGACGAUGAUGAUGAGCGGCUAGGAAUGGGGGGCGGAGGUCGGGGCACCUUAAGGUUUAAGCACAAACUCCCGAUGGAGCUGAAGGGUCCGGAGGGGGUCCAUGUGGUCCAUGGCAGCACUGGAACCCUCCUCUCCUCAGACAUCAACAGCCUCCCUGAAGAUGACCAGAGAGCUUUGGCACGCUCUCUGGAAGCUCUAAACUCCGAUGGGGGGUUGUAUUCAGAAAGAAACGCCCGCACUGAAUCGGCUAAAUCUACCCCCAUGCACCGGCACAAAGAUGGGGAUACGCACACGCUUUCGGAUAGCCCUCUAGAGAUCACCGAGUUAUGACUAGCCGAGGCCUCGCUGGUUUGAGCUAACAUAGCCUGUUUGGGUCUUCCCAUGCACCCCUCGUUUGCAAAUGGGGUCCUGGGACGCCUGCAGGAGGAGUGUGUGUAGUCUAGGGACUGCCAUCCGCCAGCCAGACUCAGAGCAAGAGACAGGCUGACCAAGCACUUCAUCAAAUGGUCCAACUUUGGAUUUUGUGUUAAAGAAAGUUAGUUUGAAUUUUUGAAAAACGACAGACGGCGCACUUUUCAACUAAACCAGCAGAUGUCAUGGAGGUCCAGAAAAAGAUAAAGCUGGAAGUCUGGACAUAGCUUCAUUUUUUGGGAAGCAAAACUAAGAUUUUUUUUUUUUUUUUUUUUAAAUCAUCAAAAGGUGCCUCAUUCUCAUCCAUCAAUUCAAAUACCUGGACUGCAUACACUCAAAGCACACACGAAGAUUAAGACCAGCGAAUGGCCGUCAAUGGGACAUAUACAAAUAAUAUUAACACAAUAAUACUUUGGUUUUGGAUGCAAUCAAUGAGGUUAUGAACACAAACACCUUUUGGAUAAAAAAUAAAAUGAGAAUAAAUUAAAAAAAACAUAGAUGGGACUUGAGACUGAAGUUUUAGCCAAGAAAAUGAAUCAAUUGACAGUUAUGACAGACUGUUGGCUGGUUUUACACUGUAUAUUGCUGGUCUAUUACUUGAAAGAGACGUCAUAGAAAGAUCUCGGUUUAGCCCCUCUAUCUUGGCUAACCUAUAAAGCAUUCUGUUCAUGAAUAACCAAUAGACCAAUGGACUUGAAUCUUUCAUGAGGGAUUUAAUAUUGCUGUUGAAAACCGGGUGUAAAGACUUAAUAGGUGGAAUAAAAAUAAUAAAUGAUCCCUUUUUAUAGACUUGAAGAUGGCGAUGUGCCCACAGAGACAUUUCACUGCCACCAGAGGGAGUAAAACAUUAAAUGCUCAAAAUGGGCAGUGGUUGCUUUAUUUUUUUAUUUUAUAGAAAAAAUAAAAAUGUUAUGAACUCAAGAUAUUUUUGAAGAAUAAUGCUGGCUUACCAAAAUAGGUAGGAAAUAAUACUUUUGGAUGUCUGAAGAGUAUGUGUAUUGUGCUCUGGUGGUGAAUGUUUUUGUUUAUAUGAGGCUGAUCCUGUUUUUGAAAAGAGUGGUGUGUUUUUACAUUAUUUUUUACCUCCACUUUGUAAGUUAUUUGUCAUUAUUGUCACCAGCCCUGAGAUCUAUGUUGGGAAAUGUUACUGAAUGAUCUGUGGUAAUAAAAGGAUUACACAAUGGUCUCGAAA